AUGAGCUAUAGUUCACACGGCAUUCCGCCCCCCUCUCCAUUUGAAAGAUCUCGGUUAACACUUCUCUCUAUAUAUAUAUUGAGGAAGCAACUUUAUGAGGUAGCUCAAGUGCAUCAAGGAGACUGGCAAAACGUUGGUUCUGUCCAGCACUGGGAUUAUACCAUAGAAGGGAAGAAAACAAGUGCAAAGGACAAAAUUGAAGCCAUUGAUGAUGAGAACAAGACAAUCACUUAUAGCCUCUUUGGUGAAGAAAUCAGUAAUGAUUACAAGACUUUUAAGGGUACCAUAAAAGUUUCAGAUAAGGGAAGUGGUGGUGGAAUUGUGAAAUGGACCUUUGAAUAUGAAAAGAAUAAGAAGAAUAUGAGUGCUGCUUCUCCUCAAUCUUAUUUGGACUUUGCUAUUAAGGUCACUCGAGACAUUGAUGCUCAUGUUUCCAAAUGCCUUAGCCAUAAUUAAUUAAUUAAGAUGGAUAUUCAAGUGUGUGUUUUGGCUUAAAUUAAUAAAUAAUGGUGCUUGUAUAUAUUUAAUGCAUGGUAAUAAUAAUAAUAAUAAUAAUAAUAAUAAUAAUGUGUGUUUGCUAAGUUACUCUAUCUAUUGCACACAAUAAAAAUAAUUAAUGGUACUUAGUGUGGGUUGUAAAAUAUGUGUGUGUAUGUAUUUGCUUUAAGUCUAAAUAAGAGAACUCGAUUGUUCUGCUUUA